CGGAUGCGCCCUUCUUCCAUCGCCCCAAAAUUCUGGAAGAGCACAUUUUAGGGUUUAUGGCGAUAUUUUAGGGUUCUUGAGGUUUUCCCGCCAUGGCGAUGAGCUUGAGCGCCGGGUGUGGCAAUCGAUGGGAGCUGCUGGUGGUGCGAAUGGGCGGCGGCAAGCGCACAUUCCCUGGCGGCGUCACCAAGUGGCAGUGGAAGCGGCUCCAGAUGCACAAGCAGCGGAUGCGCGAGAAGGCGUGGCUGCUGCGCGAGCGCCGGAUCUACGAGAAGCGCAAGCGGCAGGAGAUGAUGGCCGCGGUGACGGUGCUGGAGAAGCCGUGGGAGCAGCAGAGCUUCCCGGCCAGGACGCCCAUGGCCGACGAGCAGCUCUCGGCCCUAGCCGAUAGGUUCCGCAAGCCAGGCGCGCUGGAUUUGUGGAACUGGCGCGAUGGCCCAUCCAGGAACGCUGCUGCUGGGGAUGGCGAUCUAGGCGAGCAAGAGGAAGGAUUCUUCUCGGUCGACAAUGGAGACGAUCGGCCAUUCCUGCCGGUGAGUAUCACCGAGAUUGGCUCACCACCGACCAAGGAAGAUCAAAACCUCUGGGAUUCUGGAAGGGACAAGCCUCGGCGGCCAGCACUGGGUAAGUCGAUUCGUCCUGUUCUUCCCGAGAAAUGGGAGAGAUCUAGGAGCAAGCAAGAACUAUGAGAAUCAAUUGGUAGGCAUGUUUAUAAGAAUAAACCCUCUCUCUCUCACACA